AUGUCUUCAGAGAAAGAAUACAAACCUGUAACGGUAGAAAAACCGAUAGGAAACACAUAUGACCUUGGAAAUCUUGCGACAUUUGAUCCAAAUCCUUUGUCGAAUGAUAAAUUGAGAAGCAAAAAUGAAUCAGAAAAGGAACAAUACCUUUCUUCAGUUACUAGAGACAAUGUACAGCUUUUAGUAAAUCAGAUAUUGUCAUUACCUGUAAAAACAACCACCGAUAAUCAAGGGUCACUGACGGGACACAGUUCAUCAAUGACAUUAAUCCAGUUACCUGAGCCAACGACGUUGUUACCACGUGAAAAAGCUAUUCCUAAACCUAAACCACCUACUAAAUGGGAACAAUUUGCUGCAAAGAAAGGGAUUAAACCCAAAGCCAAAGAUGGGAAGUUGGUUUACGACGAAGAAACAGGUGAAUGGGUGCCCAAAUGGGGAUACAAGGGAAAGAACAAAAGCUUGGAUGAUCAGUGGUUGGUAGAAUUGGAUGAUAAACCAAAGAAGAGAGGCAGGGAUGAUGGUGAUGAUUUAAUUGAUCCUAGAACAUUAGCUAGGGCUGAGAGAAAGAAGCUAAUAAAAAAGAAUGAGUUGCAGCAUAAGCGAAAUUUGAGAAACGCUUCAAAGUAG